AUGGUUCAACCCGGCUUUGCUUGCGAAUAUUGCAAUGACUCGAACUCCCGCCCCGUUCGAAUUCACCGUUUGGAUGGGAAAGGCGAAGAAACUGUGCGCAACGGGGCCGUCAGGACGGCUGAAUAUACAUCUAUACGGGUCCCACUUCUUGGUCUCGUUGCUGAUGGUGAUGUUAAAUCCUCCAUCUUUAGUGGAGCUUCGUCGGUGGCCUCCGGUAAACCACGCCGCCCUUUUGGCGGCUCGCCCCCACCAGCAAUCUUCCGAAAAUUUCUAGUUCCUGUCUUCCCCAACAUGGUCAGCGGACAGGCACAUAUUCAUUCCGUUCCAGAAUGGGACUAUCAAUACGACCAAUGGAUUCUCGCCGUACCCUUUCAGCCCCGCGUUGAUGACCUCGAACAUCUUCCACAGUGGACCUCGACCUAUAUGACACAAGGGGCUCACUUCGAAAAGAAAGCAAUCGACGAACUAAAGAAGCGCUCCCGUAUAAUAACUGCAGACUGGAUUCGCAUGUCCAAAACAAAUCCUGAUUUUGUUCGCCAAGUCAAACAGUACCUUGCCACUUGGGAAAAAGGAAUGACAUUAGCGGGCAGCCAAAGCCGCCUUACGAAAACCUCAUACCGUUCUAACAGAACUUGUGAAACAGACACCCCCGGCAUCGACAAUCAAAUGACGCGUUUAAUUAUGGACAAACCAAAUCUCGUUAUUCCACUGGAACAAAGACCAGCUUUGAUCCAGGUUCAUUAA